AUUGAGACAACAAAUCAAAUUUGCGUUCAAUUUUUAGACAAAAUAAGUAUAUAUCGUAAACUCGUUUUAAUUUAAAUUAACUAAAGUUUUUGUCGCCAACUUUUUUGACACGAAGUCAACUAAUAUUUUUUUAAAACAAUGAGUCAAACAAUUAAAGAUUUGUCAAAAGGUCUACCAAUUGAACCAAUUCCUGAGUUAAAAACACGCAAUGAUAGGGUAAGUCACGCACCCAUACGUUAUGCCGAUCUAACUCAUGAAGAGAAACAACUGGCUGUAAGAAAUGCUUUGCGAUAUUUUCCACAAAAAUAUCACUCAAUUUUGGCCAAAGAGUUCGCACAAGAAUUGGAUCAAUUCGGACACAUCUAUAUGUAUCGAUUUAUACCCGAUUUCGAGAUAAAGGCUUAUCCUAUCAAUGAAUAUCCGGCCAAAUGUGUUGAAGGGGCAGCUAUUAUGCUAAUGAUUAUGAAUAAUUUAGAUGAAAGAGUGGCUCAAUUUCCUCACGAACUCAUCACUUAUGGUGGUAAUGGACAGGUCUUCUCUAAUUGGGCACAAUUUUGGAUAACAAUGAAAUAUUUAUCUAAUAUGGAAACGGAUCAGACAUUAGUUGUAAACUCUGGACAUCCGCUAGGAUUGUAUCCGAGCUUCAGUUGGAGUCCACGACUUGUUAUAUCAAACGGAAUGGUUGUUCCAAACUAUUCAAAACGUGAAGAUUACGACCGAUUCUUUGCACUGGGAGUCUCAAUGUAUGGUCAAAUGACUGCUGGAAGUUAUUGCUAUAUUGGACCUCAGGGUAUAGUUCACGGGACAACUAUCACUAUAAUCAAUGCCGGGCGCAAAUAUCUGCAAACUAAUGAUUUAAGGGGAACUGUAUUUCUAACUUCAGGAUUGGGAGGUAUGAGUGGAGCCCAAGCAAAAGCAGCAGUAAUUGCAGGAUGUGUUGGAGUAAUUGCUGAAGUGUGUGAGGACGCACUUCUUAAACGUCAAGCUCAGGGAUGGCUCAAUGAAAUCAUUAGUGAUUUGGAUACACUCAUUAAAACCAUACGUCUUGCAAAAUCUAAUAAAAUCGCCACAAGUAUUGGAUAUUUGGGUAAUAUUGUUGAUGUUUGGGAAAGACUAGUCAAAGAAUAUGAGAAAACAAAUGAAAUUUUGGUUGAAUUGGGAUCAGAUCAGACCUCAUGUCAUAAUCCAUUUAAUGGUGGAUACUAUCCGGUAGAUCUCACAGUAGAAGAAGCGCAAACUAUGAUGAAAAACGAUAAUAAAAAGUUCAAACAAUUUUGUCAACAAAGUCUAAUCAGACAAAUCAAUGCAAUCAAUAGAUUAUCUCAAUCGGGACUUUAUUUUUGGGAUUAUGGCAAUGCAUUUCUAUUGGAGGCCUACAGAGCCGGUGCUGAUGUGGGCGCUGUUAACACAGCAUUUGGUAUUCAAUUCAGAUAUUCAUCAUAUGUUCAGCAUAUAAUGGGAGAUAUUUUUUCAUUGGGUUUUGGACCGUUCAGAUGGAUCUGUUCAUCUGGUGAUCCUCAAGACUUAGAUACUACAGACAACAUAGCAUUAAACGUAUUGAAAGAAUUGUCCGAAAGAGAUGGACUUCCAAAACAUAUAAAAGAUCAUUAUUUUGAUAAUAUUAAAUGGAUAUCUGAGGCAAAACAACAUAAUUUAGUUGUGGGAAGUCAGGCAAGAAUCUUAUAUUCGGAUCAAAUCGGAAGAGUUAGUAUUGGUCUGGCAUUUAACGAAGCCAUCAAAAAUAAAAUAAUCAAAAGUCCAAUAAUUUUAUCGCGCGAUCACCACGACGUAAGUGGUGCCGACAGUCCUUAUAGAGAGACGUCAAAUAUUUAUGACGGAUCAGCUUUUACGGCUGAUAUGGCGAUCACUACUGUAAUUGGUAAUUCUGGCAGAGGUGCCACUUGGGUGGCACUACAUAAUGGUGGCGGUGUUGGUUUUGGUGAAGCAAUCAAUUGUGGAUUUGGUUUAAUACUCGAUGGCAGUCAAGAAUCACACAACAAAGUGCUUAAUAUUCUUAGUUGGGAUGUUCUGAAUGGUGUGAGUCGGCGCUCGUGGUCUGGCAAUCAAUUAGCAAAAGAAACCAUCAAAGAUAUUAUGCAAAACAAUAGCAAACUGUGUGUUACAAUUGCCAAUGAAGUGGCAGAUGAUAUAAUUAGUGAUUUGUAAUCAAAAUGCAUAGCAAUUGACAUUACGGUAAUUACAUAUACCGGUAAUCCACACAUAAUACACAUAACUAACAAAUAAACAGUUAAUAAGUUAUAUAUAAAUAUUACUA